GCUUGCGAAAGACAGCAGAACGGUCCCAGGCUUCCUCAUCUCGUUCACGUCAGAGGCAGGAACCGACCGACUGUGCUAAGGCUGUGGGCUCAACACGCAGAAGCAGCCUCAGACUGGGAAAGAAGACGGGGUCCUCCCUGACCCAAGGAAUUACCACUAGUGGAGUAAAGCCAUCAGACUUUUUGAUCUUAUUUGGUUGCCUCUUCUCUCCUCCCACCGGUAGACCUACCAGUUGGGUUGUAUUUCUUUUCGUGAAGCCUUCUCUCUCCCUCUCAAAAAAAGAGGAAGGGAAGAGAGGGAGAGAGGUGGACGCUCUAAGUGAGCGCAUCAGCUGGCUCCAGCCCGAACAGACAAGAAUUCUCUCUGCCCAGGAAGCUCCUUUCGGUCUCCGGCUACCCAGCUCCCCACCCCCCCAAGCUGGGCGUCUGUAUCAGCUCCUUGCUCAGAGGACCCAUCUCUUCAGGAGUUAGAAUCAUAGAGCACACAGUCAAGAGAGAACACCGGAGAGGGCGACAUCACGAAGAUUCCUAUUACUCCAUGCCAGCUACUACCGGGAGCUCUUGAACCAAGCCCUGGCUGAGAGGAUGGGGAUCGACGGGGAAACGGUGGUCUUGAAGAACAUGCUCAUUGGUGUCAACCUGAUCCUCCUGGGAUCCAUGCUCAAACCUUCUGAGUGUAGGCUGGAGGUGACCACAGAAAGGGGCCAGAGACAAACUGUGGAGGAGGAAGGAGGCGCUUCCAGCUACAACACAUCCAGCAAGGAACAGCCUAUGGUCUUCAACCAUGUGUAUAACAUCAAUGUCCCGCUGGAGAGCCUCUGCUCCUCAGGGCUGGAGGCCUCAGCUGAACAGGAAGUGAGCGCUGAAGAUGAUACUCUGGCAGAAUACAUAGGUCAAACCUCAGAUCACGAAAGCCAGGUCACCUUUACCCACAAGAUCAACCUCCCCAAAAAAGCCUGCCCCUGCGCCAGUUCUACCCAGGUGCUGCAGGAGCUCCUAAGCCGGAUCGAGAUGCUGGAGAGGGAGGUGUCGUUGCUGCGAGACCAGUGCAGCACCAACUGCUGUCAGGAAAGUGCGGCCACAGGACAACUGGACUAUGUCCCUCACUGCAGCGGCCAUGGCAACUUUAGCUUUGAGUCCUGUGGCUGCAUCUGCAAUGAAGGCUGGUUUGGCAAGAACUGCUCAGAGCCCUACUGCCCACUGGGCUGCUCCAGUCGGGGGGUGUGUGUCGAUGGCCAGUGCAUUUGCGACAGUGAAUACAGUGGCGAUGACUGCUCUGAGCUGCGGUGCCCAACGGACUGCAGCUCCCGGGGGCUCUGCGUGGAUGGAGAAUGUGUCUGUGAAGAGCCCUACACAGGCGAGGACUGCAGGGAGCUGCGGUGCCCCGAGGACUGUUCAGGGAAGGGGCAGUGUGCCAACGGUACGUGCCUGUGCCAAGAGGGCUAUGCUGGGGAAGACUGCAGCCAGCGCCGGUGUCUGAACGCCUGCAGUGGGCGAGGACACUGCCAGGAGGGACUCUGCGUCUGUGAGGAGGGCUACCAGGGCCCCGAUUGCUCAACAGUUGCCCCUCCAGAGGACUUGCGAGUGGCUGGUAUCAGCGACAGGUCCAUUGAGCUGGAAUGGGACGGGCCGAUGGCAGUGACGGAAUAUGUGAUCUCUUACCAGCCGAUGGCCCUGGGGGGCCUCCAGCUCCAGCAGCGGGUGCCUGGAGAUUGGAGUGGUGUCACCAUCACGGAGCUGGAGCCAGGUCUCACCUACAACAUCAGCGUCUACGCUGUCAUUAGCAACAUCCUCAGCCUUCCCAUCACUGCCAAGGUGGCCACUCAUGUCUCCACUCCUCAAGGGCUACAGUUCAAGACGAUCACAGAGACCACCGUGGAGGUGCAGUGGGAGCCCUUCUCAUUCCCCUUCGAUGGGUGGGAGAUCAGCUUCAUUCCAAAGAACAAUGAAGGAGGGGUGAUUGCUCAGCUUCCCAGCGACGUUACCUCCUUCAACCAGACAGGGCUGAAGCCCGGAGAGGAGUACAUUGUGAAUGUUGUGGCUCUGAAGGAACAAGCCCGGAGCCUCCCUACCUCCGCCAGCGUCUCUACUGUCAUUGAUGGGCCCACGCAGAUCCUGGUUCGAGAUGUCUCUGACACUGUGGCCUUUGUAGAGUGGACCCCACCUCGAGCCAAAGUCGACUUCAUUCUCUUGAAAUAUGGCUUAGUGGGUGGAGAAGGCGGGAAGACGACCUUCCGGCUGCAGCCUCCCCUAAGCCAGUACUCAGUGCAAGCCCUUAGACCUGGCUCUCGCUAUGAGGUCUCAGUCAGUGCAGUCCGAGGAACCAAUGAAAGCGAUGCCACAAGUACCCAAUUUACAACAGAGAUUGAUGCUCCCAAGAAUUUGAGAGUGGGUUCCCGCACAGCAACUAGCCUUGACCUUGAGUGGGAUAACAGCGAGGCAGAAGCUCAGGAGUACAAGGUUGUGUACAGCACCCUAGCGGGUGAGCAGUACCAUGAAGUGCUGGUCCCCAAGGGCAUUGGUCCAACUACCAGGACCACCCUCACGGAUCUGGUACCAGGCACAGAAUACGGAGUUGGAAUAUCUGCGGUAAUGAACUCAAAACAAAGUAUUCCCGCUACCAUGAAUGCCAGGACUGAGCUUGACAGUCCCCGAGACCUUAUGGUAACAGCCUCAUCAGAGACCUCUAUCUCUCUCAUCUGGUCCAAGGCCAGCGGUCCCAUUGAUCACUACCGAAUUACUUUCACCCCAUCUUCUGGGAUCUCCUCAGAAGUCACUGUGCCUAGGGACAGGACUUCAUAUACUCUGACAGAUCUAGAGCCCGGAGCAGAAUACAUCAUCUCUAUCACGGCUGAGAGGGGUCGGCAGCAGAGCCUGGAGUCCACUGUGGAUGCUUUCACAGGCUUCCGCCCUAUCUCCCAUCUGCACUUUUCUCACGUGACCUCCUCCAGUGUCAACAUCACCUGGAGUGACCCAUCUCCCCCAGCAGACAGGCUUAUCCUCAACUACAGCCCCAGGAAUGACGAGGAAGACACGAUGGAGGUCGUCCUGGAUGCCACCAAGAGACACGCUGUCCUCAUGGGGCUACAGCCAGCCACUGAAUAUAUAGUGAACCUUGUAGCUGUCCAUGGGACCGUAACUUCUGAGCCCAUAGUGGGUUCCAUCACUACAGGAAUUGAUCCCCCCAAAAACAUCACAAUUAGCAAUGUGACUAAGGACUCGGUGACGGUUUCCUGGAGCUCUCCUGUCGCACCUUUUGAUUACUACCGUGUGUCAUAUCGACCCACACAAGUGGGACGGCUGGACAGCUCCGUGGUGCCCAACACUGUGACAGAGUUCACCAUCACCAGGCUGUAUCCAGCUACUGAAUAUGAAAUAAGCCUCAACAGUGUGAGGGGCAGGGAGGAGAGUGAGCGCGUCUGUACCCUGGUGCACACAGCCAUGGAUAGCCCUACGGAUCUGACUGCUACCAACAUCACCCCCACAGAAGCUCUGCUUCAGUGGAAAGCACCCAUGGGUGAAGUGGAGAACUAUGUCAUUGUCCUCACACACUUUGCAAUUGCAGGAGAGACCAUCCUGGUUGAUGGAGUCAGUGAAGAAUUCCAGCUUGUUGAUCUGCUUCCUAGCACCCAUUAUACUGUCACCAUGUAUGCCACCAGUGGGCCUCUCGUGAGUGGCACCAUUGCCACCAACUUCUCUACCCUCCUGGACCCUCCUGCCAACCUGACAGCCAGCGAAGUCACCAGGCAAAGUGCACUGAUCUCCUGGCAACCACCCAGAGCAGAUAUUGAAAACUAUGUCUUGACAUACAAGUCCUCCGAUGGUAGCCGCAAGGAGCUGAUUGUGGAUGCUGAGGACACAUGGAUCCGACUGGAGGGCCUGUCAGAGAACACAGACUACACAGUGCUCCUGCAGGCAGCUCAGGAAGCCACAAGGAGCAGCCUCACCUCUACUGUCUUCACCACAGGGGGCCGGCUGUUCUCUCAUCCUCAAGACUGUGCCCAGCACUUGAUGAAUGGAGAUACUCUGAGUGGAGUUUACACCAUCUUCCUCAAUGGAGAGCUAAGCCACAAGCUGCAAGUGUACUGUGACAUGACCACAGAUGGGGGCGGCUGGAUUGUGUUCCAGAGGCGGCAGAACGGCCAAACUGAUUUUUUCCGGAAAUGGGCUGAUUAUCGCGUUGGCUUUGGGAAUCUGGAGGAUGAGUUUUGGCUAGGGCUAGAUAACAUCCACAGGAUAACAGCCCAGGGCCGCUACGAGCUGCGAGUUGAUAUGAGGGAUGGGCAGGAGACAGCCUUCGCCUACUAUGACAAGUUCGCUGUAGAGGACAGCAGAAGUCUCUACAAGCUCCGCAUAGGAGGCUACAAUGGCACUGCAGGAGACUCCCUCAGCUAUCACCAGGGACGCCCUUUCUCCACGGAGGACAGAGACAACGAUGUUGCAGUCACCAACUGUGCCAUGUCAUACAAGGGUGCUUGGUGGUAUAAGAACUGCCACCGGACCAACCUCAACGGGAAGUACGGGGAGUCCAGGCACAGCCAGGGGAUCAACUGGUACCACUGGAAAGGCCAUGAAUUCUCCAUCCCCUUUGUAGAAAUGAAGAUGCGGCCCUACAACCACCGGCUCAUGGCUGGGAGGAAACGGCGAGCCUUGAAAUUCUGAGCACUGGGCAGCCAGCUACCAGCCAGACGAUCUUUUCUGUCAUUUGUUUGUAUUUUAUAAUAUGAGACAAGGGGGGAGGGGCAACAGUAACGUGCUUCACAACAUACUCAGAGCAUCUGAAGGAAGCAGGGAUCAGUUAGGUACCAUCUACCCAUAGUUUCUGCUGCCUUGGAGCCUGACCCUCGGGCUACACGCUCCCUGCUAAUCAUUCCUCCAUAAUCAUCCCCUCUUUUCUCACAGAGGAGGAAAACUGGGGAGUUGAAAACACAAUUCAAAAACAGACCAUAAAAUACAGAUUGUUAUGGUGACAGGCACACACACACACACACACACACACACCUUCUUCCUCUACUCUCUUCUGAGACACCUUCCUCUUCUAAAUAAUAGUAAACUGGUCACAGCCAACCAUGGCCAGGUGACCACACCAGCGCAGGGGAGCUCCAGUAAGAAAGCUUGGCCAGUCUCCUCUUAAGAGGGAAGACACCUGCCACACCCCAACACAACAGCCCAAGUUCACUGAAAUGGGAUAAAGAUUUUCACAUUCUGACACUUAACACGCAGGAGGAGUGGCUUCUCUUCCAGCCCCACCCCUUCCCUAGUUCUAUCCCUUAGAGCCUAUAGACCUAACAACCCAAUCAUUGUUGCCAGGCCGGGCGGUGGUGGCGCACGCUUUUAAUCCCAGCACUCGGGAGGCAGAGGCAGGCGGAUCUCUGUGAGUUCGAGGCCAGCCUGGUCUACAGAGCUAGUUCCAGGACAGGCUCCAAAGCUACAGAGAAACCCUGUCUCGAAAAACCAAAAAAAAAAAAAAAAAAAAAAAAACUCCAUUUGCCAAAGCUGUCUGCCCAUGCCCCUAGGUGUCAUAAGCCACUGUCAUGGAAUAACUUUGGUGGUGAGACUUGGAGAAGGGUUUUGUUUUUAGCUUACAUCAGGCAUUGCGAAGGGACAGGAGUAGAAAUCAGGGCACCUAUCAGGGAGUCUGUAAGUCCCACUGGAAACUGACCUUACUUAGAGAUUCUUUUUUGCAUUUCUGAUCAAAGUUACUAUGCAUUCCUUCCCCUGAUGUCCUAUGAAGGUCUCUAGUUCUGUCUUCAGUCGGGCUACCCUCAGUGCAAGUGGCUUAGCAAUAAUCAAAAAAAAGUUGUAUGAGCAUCAGCUAUUCUGCUGACUAAUAUAUCGCCCUAGGAGGAGAGAGAAUGGUUGUUCUGGUCUUUUGUUUUGGUCCUGUGGUAGGUAGAGCCAACCCCUCCAAGAGGUGAGAUCAUGAGAAACAUUUUCCUCACCCCUUUAUUAUUCUGCUUUGAGAAGAAAAAUGAAAAGUGCCAGAGGAAAUUGCAUUUAGAACUCCAAAGGUGAGAGGAGUGAACUCUCCACCCCCACAUGAUUUGAUUUUUAAGCCCCGGGGAACUGGAGGCUAUAGAAGCCAUGACCUCUCAGCUUCUCCUCAAAUCAAAACCCAGGCAGUCUUCCCUGCAGCAUCUGCCCAAACUGCACCAAGGUUCUCAGCUGGUCUCUCCCUGUCCCCACUCCUCCCCGAGGCCCCACUGUGUCCGCUACAGGGCCCAUGGCUGCCAUCUGGGGCAUCUUGUACCUUUGCCAACCAAGUUACAGGAUCUAACAGACACUAUCUAACCAAGCUUAGGACCAGAAGCAACAGGCCUCUUGGAGGACAAUCACACGCCUAGCAUUGUGAAGUUGGAGUCAGCUUGCCAUUUUCUGUAGCCUUCUCCAUCUUUGUGGUGGAGACUCAUUGCCACACUCACAGCCAAACAAUACAAGUAGAGUUUUUAUUUCCAACAUGUACUUCAAACAGCUAAGAGAAAGAAGAAUAAAGAGGAACCUAUAAGUUAUAUGAGAUUUAACUAUAUAGCCCAACCAUGCAGCAUUGGAGGUAAACAACACUCAGUUAGGGACUUGAGGGCUGUGAUAUAGGGCCACCUCUAAGACCUUGAUGGGUUUAUUCACAUCUUUGGGCCUCAGGUUCCUCACCUAUUGAAUCGGAGCUUAGACCAAAACGAUUUCUAACACCCCUUCAGUUUUCAGCCCAUAAUAUGAAUCUGUGAUAGGGAACGCAAAAUCCAAGUUGACCUUGGUUCACCAUCACAAUUAAGGAAAAGUCAGAAUUCACACAGAGGAGAUGGAGGAAGGGAAGGAAAAAAAGGAAGGGAAGGAGACAGUUUCAGAACUCUCUCUCACACACACACGGUGGGGGGGGGGGACAAUGCCAAGAGAAGCUGAAGUCAUUAUGUAUUAUGUCUGUGCAAGAGAGCCAAGGACCUGGGUGUGCCCGUACAGCCCACCUCAUCAAGGAAGCUGAAAUGGAACAAGAUUGCAUGUCAUCAGUUCCAGGGAAAAAUCAAGAAACAUCAAUGGAAAUCUAAACCUGCCUUUCAUGGGAACUAUUUUAUCCUGUGGAACAUUUUUUAUAAAUAGUAUUGGCAGCAUCACCUAGAAUCGUUUAAAGGAAUUGUAAAGGAAGGAAGGGACUUCAAAGAUCAGCUCAUCCGACCCUCUGUAAAAGGGUUUCUAGAUUCCUUUUGUUAAGGAGAGAGAGAGAGACCCACACCAAACUAUGUUUUUAAGAGACUGUGCAGUCCACUGUCUUCCCAAGAUCCAUGGCCAGCUUGAUGCAAAACGUGUGAACUUGACUGACUUAACCUCUGCACCUCUGCACUGGGCUUCUUAAAGAUUCCUAUCUUAUCCGCUCCUUCCCACACCUGGUUUUGUUCCUGACGAGGCAGGCAACAAUACUCAGCACCCAUCCUAAGCACCCAACUUACCCAUAAAGGACUAGGAUUGACUUGAAGUGGACCCUGUUAAGAAGAUGAGUGUAAUUGCAGACACUUUAGAAUACACACUUACAGGAAAACCCAAACAAUAACAACCAGUCACUAGUGACCGCCACGGAUUCAUGACCGAGAAUAGAGAGCCAGGGGGCUCUGCUCCUCCUCUUUGCAUGCCCUGUUGCUGAUUGUUUCCAGCAUAUUGAAUUCACAUUUUCCAAGGGCUGGCUCUGGAAGAGAUUGACUGUGAAGACUCUUCGUCUGGGAUGACAAACCUCUGGUUCCAGGUGACCUCGGGCCAACGAAGAACCCAGAGCUCAUUAAACAGGAGAUUGGUUUGUAAAAGAAUAGCAACAUGGCAGCAGGGAAAAGUGAAGCAAAUGUCUAUGGGUUUAGACUUCCCCUCUCCCAGCUACCAACACCCUAUCUCUAAAGAGGUGAGGUUCACCCCUAAUAUCUCGUUGCCUUCCACUGGGGAGCCAAUCAGCUCCUCACAGACAGAACACUCAUUUCAAAGGCGAAUGUAUAGUACCCAGGUUGCCUUGCCAGCGAGCUGGAUGCCUAAACAAACUACCCUAAACACAUUUUUACCUUCAAAAGUCCAGCGUCAGGGCAGAGCUAUAGAUUACAGGACAAGAGGUCAUUAGAGAAUCUUUUCAAAGCAUGGGUUGAGAAAGGUUUGGUAAGUUCCCCUUCGUCCUUUUCUCAGGGGAGGGGGUGAAUGGGACCCGUGAGAACAGCGGAUGCACCAAGCUGAGAGGGCAGUCAGUGACCACACUUGAAAAUGCUCCUGAGGCUUAGCAUUUGCUUUUUCCUCCAGGAUUUCCAGAAGCUGAGAUACUUCCCCAGGAUUGUAUGGAGGAGUGGAGAUCAUUUCCCACCUCUAUUUACAUUUUACCAGCUACUCUGAAAUGUCUAUAACAAGACUCUGAUAGACUCAACCCAAUUCCAAUCUUAGAGGAAAUGGGAUAAUGCUUAGCUUACCUCAAACUUGCCUAGGCUACAAGAAGGGGCUUAGGAGCCCCAGAGAUGGGGUGGACCUUUAAGGUCUGGGGUUCAGUCUCUCAUCCAUCCUCCCUGAGUGGCCAGCUUUCAUUCUAAUAGUAAAGGAGUCAAGGUUCCCCUCUGGGAAGAAGGGGGCAGAGUUAGUUGGCUCCUGGCCCCAUGGUUUGGGGCUUCUCUUUAUUGUCCCGCUGAGUCCUCAGAACAAAUUUCUAAAGUUCUUUGACUAACUGCUUCCCUUAGUCUUUGUUUCUUCCACAGCCCAACUCUCCCAUAUGUGGUAGCAUCUCUCCUGAUAAUAUUGCAGUAUUUUGGCCCUGCCAGGCAAAAUGGGGACUCACAGAACAAAUGAAAACUGCUCCAAUUAAGCAGGAAAACCAACUCCAUUAGUAAGAGAUGCCAUGAGAAUCAGGGAACAUUCCUGUUUUCGGGGAUGAGUUGAUGCAGACCUGGGUCCCUUUGGAAAGAGUGACUUUAGUUCAGCCUAACUAAAUCCAUGCUGGAUUUAGAUAAAGCCAGUUUUGUAUUCUUCAAGCUCUGAGAAAAUAGCUAGGAAGAAGGGAGGGGGGUGUAAGUUAAAUAAAAGAAGCCAAUGGAGACUCAUAAAACAGAAGCAAAUCUUAGAGAUGGUCCCACAACAGAAACACAGAAACCGGGCGAGUGGCCAUGGUCAAGAUGACAGCACUGGCUUCUCUAGUUCUGGCCUCUAGACAAGGUUCCCAUGGAUUCAGUCCUUUGCCUGCAUCAGGAAGUCACCGGAAGCCGUACUGUGCAGAAGCAAGAAGCAGUAGGGUUUUCUUUGUUGCUACACCAAUCUUGCCUCAACCUCUCUUUUCCUUCCCAAGCUGGCACAGCCUGGUUUGUCAUCGGAAGCAUUUCUGAUUUAUUUUUCAAGGUCACUCUACUCCUGAAACAUGACUUCAUUGCACCUGCAGUGCUUGGUUAUCCAAAUGUCCUUGGCAAACCUCACAGUCUUUGGACAGUGUUACUUUUUUUUUUUUCUAAACAGGAAAUCCUCUCUCCUUCCACAGCUUAAGAAGGCUACUGCAGAGUAUCGGUUUAACACAGCCCUUGUUCCUAAGAGGGCCUCUGUUAACAGAACAGCACCCUAUUAUCCGAGCUGUGAGGCUGGGCUGAUGCUCAGUUUCUAAUUUAGAAAUAUUUAACUCUUUCAAAGCCCCCUUAUGGAUCCUUUCCUGAGCAUGGUCAAUGACUACUUGCUCUGGUGGAAAAAGUACAAGAAACCUUGAGAUGCAGGCACACCAUACUGAGAGACCCUGGGAGAGGGUAGCAUUGGGGGACAGAUACAUGGAUGGAAGCUGUUUUCUUCUAGUCAGUGGCUUCACGGCCCCCAGAGAAACCUAUUGCCUUUAAACAAUCCAUCAUUCUGAACUAACAUGCUCAACCCUGUCUCCUAGGCAAAUGUUAAAAAAACACUCCUUUGGAGCCAAAGGAAAUUCUUGAGAUCACCUAACAUGACCCUCUCACUUCAUGCUCAAGUAAAGCAAGGCCAAAACAGACAAGCAGCUUUCCUAGUUUGCACAGCCAAUGAGGCAUAGAGCUAGGGGCAGGCCUGGUACAAUAUUUUUUAUUUAGAUUUUGUUUUUCCUUUAGUAGAGACUGAGAAAAAUAGUUCUUAUUGCACACCUAUUGAUCAGAUUCUGUGCAAGGGGCUUCACGUCAAUAACUUUAUUUAAUCCUAACCAAAAUCCAGAAUCAGUUUUAUAAAUGAGGGAAAUGGAAGCACAGGAUUCUUAAGUAACAUGCCUGAAGUCACACAGUCUCUGAGGAGAGCCAUCAUCUCUGAUAAAAAUGUCCUUGACUUUUUCUGUGUGUAAAGCAGCUGGCACAGUGAACCACACAGCUGCCAUCUUGGAUCUCAGUAACAUUCUCAUGGAGGCCUUUCUAAUUCCAUCCUUCUCUCCAUUUCCUUUUAACAAAUGGAAAUUCUUGCUCUACCCCAACCCCGCCUCCUGCUAAGUACUCCAGGGGAUCCUCAACCCCAGCAGUCAGAAGUAGUAAGAAAUAGCCUUGCAGCAAUUCUUUCUGUUAAAAAUUUUGAAGAUAAGGCCAGGACACAAAUGUGGUUUCCCACCCCAGUCCUGGGGCAGCACAGCAGCCUCCAAACAGAACCAGGAUCAAGGAAGGUGGGACCACAGGAUUAAGUUCCUAGGGUAUCAGUUUGACCCCAGAAUUUGCAAAGAGUUAUGAAGUGUGUUCAAACAAGCUACAAAUAGCAGCAAUUGCAAACAUCCUAUGAAUUUCUAGGCUGAGAUCAGCAGGUGCAGGCCAAAUUCUCAUAACCCCCUCCCAGACUCUCAAGGCUCCCUGAAGGAGCACAUCUGAGGACAUCCGUGAAGACGAGCUACAAGAAGGUGGGAGAGGAGCUCUAUGUAUUCGUUCCCUCAGGUCUUUCUCCCACUCCUCACCCCACUGAACCAGAAAAAUGUGCUUCAACCCUGACUAACUUUGUCACUUUAGAAAGAUAUCAGAAACUUGGUGGUUUCAACCAUCAGGCAAAAACUCCAACACUGAACCCACUUUUCCUCUCCUUGAAAGUUUAUGUUAAAAGAACUAGAUUUCCCAAGAGGGAAUUCAAGUCCCCUCAGUGUGGUGGCUCCUUGGCAGCACCUCAGACAUACAUUAGCUACAGCAAACACUGCAGUUCCUGCAAAAAAAUCAUCCUCGAGGGGAGCAAUCUUAUGCAGACUCCUUUCUUCGCUACCACCCUUCAAGGCCUAGUUCCACUGUGGGGGCUCACAAACAGGGGUCAGAAUCUGUAAGAGUCUAUUCCCUCCUGCCGCUCCUCAACAUACAUACUCUUCCCUAUAGUUACACACACACACACACACACACACAAUUCCAAACCCAAGUAUCCUCAAGCCUACAGGAAUUCCCAGGUGCCCUAAACAAGUCACUGUGACCCUGAGGGAUUACUACCUGGGGCUCCAAGUGGAUGAAACUCAACCCGGUGGUCUCUCAUUUGUCAUCCUGAGAAAUCCUAAGCACCAAAUCCCUCAAUCCCUCCGAAAUUGAAUUUGUGGUUUUAACCUUUAAUAGCCUUUUCAGGAAAAAAAAAAAAAUAACCAAGACCAAUUUACUGACUUUGUAGCUACACUGUACUUGAAAAGGCUCUUACGUAAAAGAAAGGCCAAAAGGAAGAAAAAGACGAAGAAAAGGGGUGUAUGACUAUGCUCCUCAGGUUAUGUACCCUCUGAUGAACGAAAAUAAACAGCCAGAGAGGAAGGAAGAGGGAGAGCCAGCUGGUCCCAUCCCUUCAUGGCACUGUAGCUCAAAGACUGGAAUCUGCUUGUUAACCAUUGUUAACUAGUAUUUUUAGUCCCGGUUGCUUUUAGCCUCUGUAUAGUUCCUUUUUUAAACACAUUUUCUAUACGUUAA